AUGGCCAAGGAAGCGCCCGUCAAGACCGGUCUCAUCACCGGUCUCAACCAUGGACACAAGACCACCGCUCGUGUCGUCAAGCCCCGUGUCUCCCGCACCAAGGGCCACCUGAGCAAGCGCACCGCUUUCGUCCGUGACGUCGUCAAGGAAGUCUCUGGCCUUGCCCCCUACGAGCGCCGCGUUAUUGAGUUGCUCCGCAACUCCAAGGACAAGCGCGCCCGUAAGCUCGCCAAGAAGAGGCUCGGCACCUUCGGCCGCGCCAAGAGAAAGGUCGAGGAGAUGACCCGCGUCAUCGCCGAGUCCCGCCGUGUCGGUCACUAA